CAUCAUCAGUUAAUACAAUGUCAUUUAAUGGACAUACAGUCAGUUUCCUGCUUAUAUUUUCAUUUAUAAUUUUAUUACACGCUAUGAUUAUAAGAAUACGACCUUUUACCAUUAAAAGCGAAGACAAACAUUAUUUGAGCUACUCCAGAGAUUCCUCGCUAAACUUCACGGAGUUAGCAACCAAAUAUGGAUACCAAUCGCAGGAGCAUCAAGUGGUAACAGAAGACGGAUACUUGCUCAAGGUCUUCAGAGUGAGCCAAGGCAGAAACUGCGACGGGAGAAGACGAUCACCGCCCGUAAUAUUGAUGCAUGGACUUCUGCAGAGCUCAGACUCUUGGCUGGAUGCUGGUCCCGGAGCCGCACUGGCUUAUCUCAUCUCUGACGCCUGUUAUGACUUGUGGGUAGCUAAUUGCAGAGGGAAUUAUUAUUCGAGACGUCAUUUGAAACUGGCCCCGAACAGUUCACAGUUUUGGCAUUUCUCGAUAGAUGAAAUUGGAUUCUAUGAUGUGCCUGCUACGAUCGAUUAUGUCUUGAAUUACACUGGAGCGGAAAAGGUGAAUUACAUAGGCUACUCCCAAGGAGCAGGAACGUUUUUCGUGAUGUGCUCCGAAAGGCCAGGAUACUGUGAUAAAGUGAAUGUGUUGAUAGCUCUAGCACCCGCUACGAGGCAGAUCAAUACCAAAUCAAUCCUGUUUAGAUUUCUAACUGAUGCUAUUUUGAGGUUAGAACACUUAUUGACAAAAUAUGGUAUGUACGAGAUCUUCGCGAAAGGAUCUAUCAGUCAGGAAUUCUUGGCCUUCUUCUGUGAGCUAAAUUGGAUUACAGAAAUGAUUUGCAACAGUGGCCAAUCGAUCUUAGAUGCGUACCACCCGAAUUCUGUAGCAGAACACACGGCUCGCUCGAUGUUUGGGCAUUUUCCUGCUGGAACGUCUGUGCACAACAUGGCUCGAUACGGACAGAGCAUGAUCAGUGAGGAUUUUGGGAAAUUUAACUAUGGUGUUGAUAAUAUGAGGGUAUAUGGUAGCGAGGAUCCCCCAUUGUACAAUUUAAGUGCGGUCUCUGUUCCUGUGGUGAUAAUUUAUGGUAAAAACGAUAGAUUAGUGGACACUAAAGAUGUGGAAUGGUUAGCAAAGAGGUUGCCCAACGUUGUAGAAUCCUUUUUAGUUGAAGACCCUUAUUGGAAUCAUCUAGAUGUGACGUACAGCCGAUACACUAGUAUAUCUGUGUUUCCUAAGGUGAAUGAACAUUUAUUACGAUACAGUUUUGAAGAUACAAGAUAAUUAUGGAAAAUGGAAAUUGAGGUCUUUGUAAAUUUUCAAUUGACUUCAAAAAGAAGGAACUUUCUUUACUUGGUUGUAUUUCUUUUAUGUUUUUUUACCUCAUAACUCUGUCUAUUCUAAACCGAUUUGGAGAAUUCUUUUUUUAUCUGAAACAAUAUACCUACAGAUUAAUUACUUUGAAAUUUUAUCAAAAACAGUUCAGUAGUUUAGUUUUUAGAUCAAAAUAACUGGUUUUGUAACAAUUGAAGUUUGUUUCUGUGUAGUGUGUAUCUUUAAUUAUUUGUGUACAAAGAAAAUGGAGAAAAGGAUUUGGUUUUGCACAAAUAGUGACAUUAUUUGUGCAAAUCAUACUAUUUCUUAUGCCACUGUUUUUUUUUUUUUAUGGGUGAUAACGGUAUGGUAACCCCGCCUGCGCUAACGGGAUACGCUGGCGGAGCACCAGUGAAGGGUGAUAGAUGAGAAUGAAAACAGGCCAGUUAGCCCAUCAUGAUGAAUUCAUCAGGAAUUAACCAUGAUAGUUUCCAGGGGGAACCGCGAGGUCGACCUGGUUGGGUAUAUUGCUAGCAGUGGGAUUCUCAGUCUCCAACAAUCCCUUCCCCCCAUGCCACUGUGUUAGGUUAACUGGAACUAACUUUGCUAACAUUGUUAUUAACUUAUUGUUGUUACUGUAUGUUUUAGUGCAAUAAAGAAUAUAUAUAUUAUUUGUGAUCAAAUUAAUAUGGGAUCAACACAAUUGUUCAUUACAAAAAGAAUUAUCAAAAUCGUAUCGUAGUUAACAGAUGUAUCGUAUGACAAUUUAAUUAAACUAAGUACAUUGUGUAGGUUAACGAUACGAAUGAGUGAUAUAACAAAUAGAUUCGUCCGUAACUGUUUACUCACAAAUAUUAAAUAUUUUCCAAUAUUUGGUCACAUAA